AUGGAAAUACGAGCAGAAAACUCAUGGCUUUCAGCGACAAAAAUCGAGAAGAGUUAGAGCAGAGGGGUUAUACUGUAGUGGAGGAAGUCCUGACCGUUGAAGAAUGUGACGAAUACAUUCGGGAGUAUAAGGACUGGAUUGCAAGCAACUUCAAUCAAGGACAAUUCCCGCAUUGUAAGCAAUCUGUCAUUCAAAGAUACAAAAUCGGUCAUUUGGCGCCCACCUGGAACGUCCGGUUGAAGGCGAAACCUGUGUUUGAAGAAAUCUGGGGUACCAAUGAGCUGCUGACGAGCUUUGACGCCGUAAUUAUCUGCCGACCUCCCGAAGAAAGCGAAGAAAAGUUCUAUUCGUCCAAUUCCGGGUGGCUGCACAUCAACCAAGGAGUAGGAAGGUUGGGGUUGCACGCUUACCCAGGCGCUGUAUACCUCGAAGACGCUGAUAACGACGACUGGGUGUUCGAGGCUUUAGACUCUUCCCAUGCAUUUUUCGAGGACUUCUUCGAAGCUUUUACUGCUGAAAGACAGGAGUCACUUAAGUCUGAUGACUAUAUGCGACUAGAAGACCACCACAUUUCCUGGUUCAGAGAAAGGGGCUGUAUCCGAAAGAGAGUUCCAGUUCCGCGAGGAGCCAUCCUAUUGUGGGACUCGCGACUCGUGCACGGCAGCGCUCGGCCAAUGCAAGGGAGGAAACAUCCCGGUCGCUGGCGGUGGGCUGUGAUCGUGUGCAUGACUCCCGCCGCAUGGGCUGACAAAGAAUCCAUAAGACUGAAAAAGAAGGCAUACAGGGAGCUGCGCAUGACGUCCCACUGGCCCUCCCAGGCCAUCCGCUUGCUGCCUGAAAACCUCCCUGAGAAGGCCGCCUGUGAGAAGCGCCCCCUUAAGGAUCUGCCGCUGGUGGCCAAGACCAUGGAGGCCAUGCAGCUAGCAGGCGUGGUGCCGUACAGGAAAAAUCUGACCAGACUUCUCGAGAAAGGCGCGAGCGGUGCUUUAGGGGGCGCUGCACACAGGCCCAGGUGGAGCCCGGAUUAUCAGCCACCCAAGGAUAGCUUCGACCCCGACAACAGCUGGGUGGGCAUCGCUGUUUUCUGUGGGGUCGUCAGCUUGUUGUCUGCUCUUGUUUAUGGCCUUGUGUACGCGUCUGCUAAGUGAACAUAUCAACAGCUUACAGUUUCUGAGGACAGCAGAAUAGAAGAGCUUUAAUUUGCUGCAGCAAGAAGGUCCUAUCAAACCUUCAAAAUAGUUUAUAGUCUAGACAUCUUUAUAUUUUUUAAAAUCAAACAGCCCUUGCCUUGUUUCACGGAUUAGUUGUUAAUUAAAAUUUGUUCAGGAUGCCAGUCCAAGAUUUUGUAUUGAUAAACAGUAGAAAGUGAAAUAAAGGAAAAUAUCUGUUUCUCCGUUUUAAAAAGUGAUUAUCUCAAAAGAUGUUGAGUGGUCUCUGUUAGCACACACAGUAGUGUACCGAGAGAUCGCAAUACCUGCUGAGUGGGGAGGCGGGAUAUCAAAGAGGAUUCUCCACACAUCUCACUGGCUUUCUGUCCGUUUGUCUGUAUGUCACCAAGUAUACUUGGAUCCAUUAGUCGUGUGCAUGUGGAAUGCAUUUAUCAAAAAUAGCAAUGUUCGAACGAAUACUAAAGCAUGUAUUUCUUCUUAAUAAGGAAUAACAAUCAGCCUGUACCGUGACAUUAAUCAAUCUCUUUUCAUGGCCCUAAUCACACUUUAGUUGGAUGACUAUCUAUGGAAGGUGUCUCGCGUAGUAAAGCCGGAAAUCGUCACAGUCCUGCACACACCCGCAAUCACGGAGUUACAGUUUUCUUAAGUUCUAUAGAACUCUGUGGUCGCAACAAACCUGCAAAUAACCUGCUCAUUCUUCGUCUGACAGAUAAAACACCUCAAAACAAGCAAUCAGAAUACAGGGAAAGAAAAAAAAAUGGUUAAACUGUCGCAUU